AUGCUGCCACUGCGGCUGGCGUGGCUCCCAUGCACCAAACUGCCCAUUCCGCCGCCACUAGUUCAGUUUGCAUGUAUCCACCAGUUUAAUCUAUGCACUCUGUCCGCAUCCUGUACCAUCACCAUCGUAUUCUCUCUUAAUCGCGCUUCCUGUCCCGCUCUCAGCCACCCGCUGUCCCGCGCGCGGCGGAGCACCGCUGUUGGAACGAAUCUUGGUUCUCCAUCGCUUUCUUGUACAUGCUGUGUCAUCAUGUUGUAUUAUACCACUGAGCUACCGCAUACGUUGAAUCCCGUCCUCACCUUUGUCCGCUCAUGUGUUCGGCCCGAGAAGUUCGACUCGUCGACGCACCCGCUCCGAGAUCUGCUUAAACCAUGUUCGUCGUGCCGACGGGUGCCUGUGAUGUUUCAAGGCCCCAGGCACUCAAGCGCUGCCCGUGAGAUCUUGAACUUGAGCGUUGACACGAGUCAGCGCGAUGUUGACCUCGAGGUCACUGAGCCAGCCACACCGAGUCUGCAAGGCGAAAUGUCGUGGAUACUCGUACAACAGAUCGCGGGUGAUCUUCGAGAUACGAUACAGCUGACCCUGGUAGCAUCAAUCGAUCUGCGCCGAUGGAUAAUCGCCGGGCAGGGCAGUACAGUGCGACUUCUGGAUGACGAGAGUCCUCUUUCUUGCCAUUAUGCAGUUUGGUCCUACAUCCCACGUUACGGUAGUAGAUUCGCAGCUCCGUGA